UCGUGUUCCCACUCUUUCUUCUCACUGCUUCUUCCUCUGAAACUGUCCCCCCUCCCCUCAUCGAAACGAACGAAUAUUCUCCGGUGAGAAAAAAGAAAAAGUAUUGCAACAGAGUUUAUUUUUUUUCUUCUCUCGUAACCGAUCGUAGAAACGAAAGAGAUGGCCGGUGGUGGUGGAUCGUCGAAAUCAAACGCACCGAAGCAGAGGAAGAGAGUCGAAGCCGAGACGAAAGAUGAAUCCACCACAAGCAACAGCAACAUCAAUACCUUGCUACGCGCUAAAGAUGGCAGCGCCUUCGCUCGAUGUGAAGGAUGUAGCAAGAACGUAGCUGUUGCGCUUAUAAGCAUGCACAAUUGCAGCCUCGACGCUAAGAUUCGAGUCAAUCUCGACGCGCAAGUUGUUGAGAUGAAAGCUGAGGCGAAGAAGAAGAAACUUGUAGAGAGGAAGAAGUCAACAUCUGAUGAACCUAAGGCGAAGAGAGUCAGGAAGGGCAAGGAUGAGAAGAAGAGCUCUGCCUCUAACAACAAGCCCAAGCGUCCUCUUACUGCUUUCUUCAUUUUCAUGAGUGAUUUCCGCAAAACUUUCAAAGAAGAGAAUCCUUCUUCUAGCGUCAAGGAUGUUGCAAAGCAAGGUGGUGAAAAGUGGAAGUCUUUGACUGAGGAAGAAAAGAAAGUUUAUUUGGAUAAGGCUGCUGAACUAAAGGCAGAGUACAACAAGUCACUGGAGAGCAAUGAUGCCGAUGAGGAAGAAGAGGAUGAGGAGGAGGAGAAGCAAUCAGAUGAUGAUGAUGCUGAAGAGAAACAAGCUGACGAGGCUUUAGGGUCUAAGGAGAAUGAAGAUGUGAACAAAGAAUCUGAAGGUAAAGAAGAAGAGGAAGAAGAGAUUUUGGAUGACUACUAGAUAUCUUAAUCUCUCUUUUGGGUCUGAUCUCAGCUAUCUAUCCAUCGGUGAUGGUUCAUUGUAUAUUUUUAACCUCUGUUUUUCGUUAAACUAGUUAUCUGAAGGUAUAGUUGUGAGCGAGGAAAGUUUUGCGUAGCUCACUGAAUGGUAGUUCCUUUUGUUUAGACAAGUAUUGAAGUUUAUGUUUAAUUAAUUCUGGGUUCUGUUGA